AUGGUUGUGGUCUUCGUUCACGGAGUUGACGAGAACAACCAGAAGUUCAGAAGACAAGAAGUCGUUGUCUGCAACGGACGUGCUCCACCGACCAUGCAGCCACCAGUUUCAGUAAUCACACAAGGACCGGGCACUCCUGUCACACAGGGAUCACCACAAACUACACCAACUGGAGGGCCGACUCCUACGACAGCAACUCCAUUGACAAGUCUCCAAUUUGACAUUGUCUUUAUGAUUGAUGGUUCUCAAGCUGCACAGAGCUACUUUGACUCGUUCACGAAAUUCAUUCAAACCUUACUGCACAAACAACUGAAUGGAAUAAGUGUUUUUUCAUUGAAUAAAGACUUUAAUUGCUUUAAUGAAUUCAUGAAUUUAUUACCAUCAAGACAAACACAAAUCACAAUUUUUUGCACGGACCUAGCUACAAUAGCCCAUCAGAAUACGAAAACGGUCUCAAAGAGGCAAUUAAAAAGAUCUUAUAUGAUAAAAAGCGCGGCAUUUCUAAUGCACUUUUUGGCAACCUUCUCCACCGACUGUGAUUGA